AUGACGCGCGGAAAGCUCAAGUUCAACUUCGGAACCGCCCACGCACGGCACGCGCGCCGCGCGCAACCCGCGAGAAAAGCCCAGAGAUGCCCUAGACCUCAAGCAGCAGCAGCAAAAGCAGCAGCAGCAGCUGCUGCUGCUGCUACUGGCGUGCGCUCCUGUAAUCUGCCGCAGCUGCAGCAGGAGCAGCAGCAGCAGGAGCUGCAGCAGGAGCAGCAGCAGCAGGAGCUGCAGCAGGAGCAGCAGCAGCAGCACGCAGCUGCGCUGCUCUUGCUGCAGAUACACCUCCUCGCGUGUCUGCUUCGAGCUGCCUCCUUUCUGCUGCCUCCAGUCGUUGCUGCAGCAGCAGAAGCAGCAGCAGCAGCAGCAGCAGCAGCAGCGCAGCGGCGUAACACAGUAGGCAGGGGACAGAAGCAGCAGCAGCAACGGUGCAAGCAGCAGCAGCAGCAGCAGCAGCAACACCCGCGAGCAGCAGCAGCAACACCCGCAACACACAAUAAACAACAACAACAACAGCAGCAGCAGCAGCAGCAGCAGCAGCAGCAGCAGCAGCAGCAGCACUCACUCUUCUUGCUUCUUGAAUUUCAGCAGCUGCCAGGGGCCCCCAGGAGGCCCCAGCUGCAGCAAAUACAGACAGCAGCAGCAGCAGCAGCAGCAGCAGCAACAGCAGCAAGCCAGCUGCAACAGAAGCACCAGCAGGAGCAACCGCAUCAGCAGCUUCAGAUUCAGCAGCAGCAGCAGCAGCAGCGGCAGCAGCAGCAGCAGCGGCAGCAGCAGCAAGGCCUCCCCGCAGCAGGUCAGCUGUGCCAAGAUCUCAGCGGGAGCAGCAGCAACAGCAGCAGCUUAGCUGCAGCAGCAGCACCAGCAGCAACAGCAACUGCAACAACAGCAGCAGCAGCAGCAGCAGCAGCAGCAGCAGCACCAUGA